GAAAAAUCUAAAUUCCAGCUGAUGGUAAACCCGAUCUCAUGGAGAAUACGUGCCAGUAAACAAAUGGAUAUCCAGCUGUUUCCUGUUCUAUAUAUAUUACGCCUCCAGUUCGGAGGUACGGACACCUCACGAGAAGCAACCGUUCAUUAACGCGAGAGCAGAAGCCAUCCGAUUACCAUCCCACGUGGGCUCCGCUGACCGCAACGCGGUCAUCUCGCGCCAUCAAUUACAAUGCAGCAGCCACAACCGACAGCUGGAUUCCGACGGUGACCAUACAAUCGGUAACCUGACUCACCACUAAACAUUAUUAUUAAUAUAAAUAAAAUAAAACAAAGAGAUUAUAUUAUAUGAUAAUAUUCUCCACCACCAUCUCCUCUCUCCUGCAUCUUUCCACUCUCAGCUCACACCUUUCUCAACUCUCAGUGGAGAUCGAAGGAGAAAUCAAGCAUGGAAUGCCCACAUUUCUCCGUUCUCCAUUUUACCCCUAUCAUUCUCCUUAUUUCCCUUCUACUACCCUCCGCCGCACCACCGGCGGCUUUAGCGUUCAACAUCACCGCCCUUCUCGCCGGUCACCCAGAUAUCUCCUCCUUCGCCAAGCUGCUUGAAUCAAGUUCCGUCACCGGCGACCUAGUCGGUCGUUCCUCCCUCACGCUCCUCGCCGUCCCUAACGCCUUCCUUGUCCGAUCUGACGCCCUCCACUACGCUGGCGGCGACAUCGCCGAUGUUCUUCGUUACCACGUCCUACUCGAAUACCUCUCGUGGUCGGAUCUCCACCGGAUUCCGCCCACUGGCAAGCUGGUAACUACUCUGUACCAAACCACUGGCCGCGCCCCUAAUAAUCUUGGCGCGGUCAAUCUUACCCGUGACCCCAUUAACGGCGUUAUCACAGCUCGGUCGCCCGUCCCCUUCUUUCCUUCGAAUGCCACCAUAAACUCACUGGUUACGACGGUGCCGUACAACAUUUCCGUCUUCACCGUUAACGCUUUACUAAUGCCCUAUGGGUUCGAUCUCGCCGCAUCGGAGACGCGGCCGGCGGCGGCGCUUAACAUCACUCAAGUGCUUCUCGACGGUCGGGACUUCAACGUGGCGGCGUCGAUGUUGGAAGCGUCGGGAGUCGUGGAGGAGUUCGAGAAUGACGAGCAUGGGGCGGGGAUCACCGUCUUCGUCCCUACCGAUGAGGCAUUCGCCGGAUUGCCAGCGACGGAGAGGCUGCAGUCCUUGCCAGCGGAGAGGAAGGCGGCGGUUCUCAAAUUUCACGUGCUUCAUUCCUAUUACCCUCUUGGCUCGCUGGAAUCGAUCGUAAACCCGGUUCAACCGACGAUCGCGACGGAGGAUUCGCAGGCUGGGUGGUUCACACUCAAUAUCUCGAGGGUGAACGGAUCGGUGGCGAUUGAUACCGGAAUAGUGCAGGCGACGAUUACUAGAACGGUUUACGAUCAAAAUCCGGUUGCGGUAUUCGCCGUCUCGAACGUUCUUCUUCCUCGGCAGGUUUUUGGUAAGGGAGCGCAGAACCAGCAGGGCGGCGGUUCGGGGUCAGUUACGCCUUCGCCGGAGGCUUCGCCGCCAGAAGAUGGGAAGGCGCCGCAGACGAGGUUGACGACGCCUCCGGGGACUGGGGAUAUGGUCUCGAAGGCGGGAAGAAGAUUAGGGUUUCGGGGAUGUGGGAUUUGUACAGGACUGAUCUUUCUAUUGCUGGUAGGAGAUCUGGGAAUCUAGGGCUCAGUUCUUUUCUGAAUUUUGACUUUUUUUUUUUUUUCAUGACUUCAGCGAUUUUGUAUACGAGAAAUUAGAUUGGAUUUGUAGCUGCAAAGCAGCGAUUUUUUUUCUUUAGCUAGGGAAUUGAUUGUUUUCUGAAUAAUGUUAAAUAUAAAACUCAGAAGAUUUGAAACUCAA